AUGUCGAGCGCCGCGAAAAAGGAGGCCAUCCUGCGGCAGUUUCGCCAGCUCACCAACGCGACGCCUCAGGACGCACACCGCAUCCUCAAAGCGCACGCUUACCGCCUCGAGCCUGCCACCAAUGCCUUUUUCAACGACGAGCAGGCGCAGAUCAAUGCCUCCGCCUCAUCCAGCACGUUGGACAAGAAGACGGAGCGCGAAGUCAAGGAGCGUCUCAAUGCGCUCUUUGAUCGGUUCCGCGAUGCCGGUGCAGCAGCAGACGACGACGAUGACGAUGAUGAUGAAGAAAGCGGGGCAGCAGCACCGGAAGAUCCGGAUACGAUCAGCAUCGGAGGAGCGCUCAAGAUGUGCGAAGCGCUCGAAGUAAGCCCGGAAGAUGUCGUGUUCCUGCCGCUGUCGUUCUACCUCAAGUCGCCGUCGAUCGGAACAUUUACACGUACAGACUAUGUGAAUGGCUGGAAGAUGCUCGACCUGUCAGAUACCAUUGACAAGCAGAAGGCUACGCUGGAAAAGCUGCGGCAGGAAUUGUACGAGAACAGGCCGCUUCGACUCGAGCGAAUUGCAGAGGAGAAGUCGAACCCAGCCACUGCGGCUUCGGCCAACAAGGGGUUGUACGAGAAGGUGUACGAGUACACGUAUGGGUUUGCCAGGCGGGAAGGGCAGAAGAGUCUGGCGCUCGAAAAUGCGCUCGCGUUCUGGGACCUUGUCCUGCCGGCUUCGCCCACGUUUGACAGGGAAGGGAGCGGAGCGGGCAAGUUCAGCCAGCAGCAGCUGGAUCUGUGGAAGCAAUUCUUGACGGAACAGACGGGAGGUAGGGCGGUGAGCAAGGACACGUGGACGCAGUUCUUGGAUUUCACCCAGGAGAUCAAUGCCGAUUUCAGCAAUCACGACUUUGAUGCGGCUUGGCCUUCGGUCAUUGACGACUUUGUACUGUGGGCCAGGGAGCACCUACCUGCCUCGGACCGUAUGGAUACAAGUUGA